AGUCACCAGACGUCGUUGCAUUUUAUUUAGUUAAAAUUCUUUAAAAUACAGCUUUAAUUGUAGGAAACCUGAACUGAAUUAUUUUUCUUCACCAAAAGAUGGAAAACUGGAAGAUCAAGCUUGUCGUCACGACUUUUUGUGUGCUGGUACAAACAUCUACUAGCAGCACCAAGGAGAGAAGGCUGCCCAGACACUGGCAGUAUGAGACUGCGGAUACAGAUGUGACCAGCCCUGUGGAAGGUUUGAUGAAAAGGUCGAAAGCCCUUCGCUUCUAUGGACUGAUGGGAAAAAGAGCAGUGACAAAAAAACCAUUUCAAGUAAAAAGGCGAAAUAAAGGGGAGGCGUUUGUGGGCCUGAUGGGAAGAAGUGUUUCCACUGAAGAGUCUUUAAGUGGGAUGAUUUCUUCUGCAACAACCAGAGAGGUCCACCACCCUGAGGAACCAUACAAGCAAGCUUCCCUAAAGGAAUGGAUCCACAUCUUGUACUAAUCAGACUUACAGGAAAAACAUAACGUCUAUACAAUGUUUACACCAACCAAAGACUAUAAAAAAUAUUUUUAGUAAAAAAUUUCACCCUGCUUUUUUUUUCGCCGAU